AUGGAUUAGAAAGAUUAAUUAAAAGAUCAUGAACAGAUCAACAGGGUUGACAUGGCUAAUUAGAGAAUAUAGGAGGAAUUCAAGGGAAUGUUAUAACUAAUUUAAUAAGAUUACACUUAAAGAUUAGAUACUAGAGUAACCGAAGUCAUCAAUAGAAUUGUUAUGGAGCAUGAGCAGAGAGUCAAAACAAUGGAAGAGAUGAAAUAAGCAUGGAGUUUGAAGGAUUAGAUUAAUAUGGAGAGAUUGUAAUAUGAGAGGGAGGAAGUUAUAUAAAAAUUGGGAUCAUUAGAACAAUUUCAACGGAUUGAUUCAUAAAAGAAGGAUGAAGCUAUUCGUUCAUUGUAAACUAUAAUUGAGACAUAAGUGAAUUAAAUUCUAGUAAAUAUUUAAAAUGAAGAAGCCCAAAGAUACUCACAUGAAGUUUAAUUAAGAGGCGAUUUAUUAAAAAUAUAAGAGAAUAUCAAAUCGGAGAAUGAAUUAUUCAAAACACAUUAAGCUAAUAUUACUGAGAAGAUUACAGAUAUGAUAAGAAUUGAAGUGCAAACAAGAUUGUCAACUGAUACUGAAUUGAAGAAUCUUACAUCUGCCAUAGCUACUGAUAUCGUUUCCGAUUUGAAUAGUUUAAAAGAUUAGAUAGAAAUGGCUAACAGGGCAUUGCAAACAUAAGUUAAAUAAUUAGAGAAAGAUUAAGCAGAAAAAGCAGAAAGACUAUCGUUGUACAUUGAUGAUGAAAUAAAUAAAGCAAUUAAGACAUCUGCUUAGAAGUAUGAAAAAGUGAAGGUGAUAUUUUCCAAAUUCGGGGAAUCCUUUAAAUAACAUAUAACAGCCUUUGAAGGGUUGAAAUAGGAUCUGAAUUCUCGGUAGACCAUCAUUGAAUAAAAUAUUGAUAUGAUUAGGUAGGACUUUUAGACUGUGAUAGAAGAUCAAUAGUCACACUUGUUAGAAAGAAUAUCUAUUGAGAAAAAUUAAAUAUUAGAGGCUGUGAAUGCCACUGUUCAAUUUCUAGAGGAUAAGGUUAAUAAAUUAGAUGAGGAUUGCACAAAUAAAUUUAGGAUAUUUAGAGAAGUGAUUGAAGAAAAUCAAUUAGUAAUAGUUGAAAAAACCAAACUUAUUCUUGAUUAAAAUGAGUCCUAUUAAUAAACUCAAAUGAAAGGUUUAAAGUUGAUGGCUGAAAGUAUUCAGGACUUAAAACAAUAAUAGCAAUUCAUUAAGGAAGAUCAUUAGAAUCAAAUCAAAGAAGUAAAUUAAACUGUUGAAAACACUAGAUAAGAUCUCCAAUAAAUAAGUAUUAAUAUUAAAGAUCUGGAUGAAAUCCAGACUUAGCACAAAGGUCUAUUGGAGGAAAUUCAAACUGAUAUUGAUAUACUCAAAAAGGAGAAUGAGACUAUUAUGAUCAAAUAGUAAGACAUAGAUAAGAAUGUCGAAUUAUUAAAUGAUUAACAAAAAAAGAUCCAAAAUACUUUUUAGAUACUCACCUAAAGUGUGGAAUCUGUGAAUGAUAAGACAAUAACUAUUGGAGAACGAGUAGAUGCUAUCAAUACUAAUUUUCAAUAAUUAUAAGAGGAACUCAAGAUGGUCGAUUAAAAAAAUUCGAAAUUAGAAGGAGACUUAGAGGAUUCAAAUCUUAAGAUUAACAAUGAAAUCAAGAAUAUUGAAAUUAGAUUGGAAGAGUCGUAGAAAACGGCUGCUUCUAUGUAGGAUUCUAUGAGACAAAAUGAUGAUCUAGACAAAAAGUAAAGUCUAGAGAUUGAUGAAUUAUAGAGAUCAGUCAACAAUUUACAAGAGAGACUUAAAUAAUUGGCUCAAUUACCUGUCUGA